AUGAAAAUUCCCAUAAAUAUACUUGAACAACCAAAAGAAAUUGAACUACGAGUAUUUAAUAUAUAGAAGUCUAGAUGCUGGAAUUCAUUCUGCAGAGCUCGAACUUCCUAGACGAUUUGAUGAAACUUGUUUCUGAUCAAAGUCAUCCAAUCCAUAAAUUAUCAAGAGGAUCAUUAUGUUUAAUUAUUGAUAAGCUUGAUUAAUAUAUCCAAAUAGCAGUUGAACAAAUUUAAAAAAAUCCUAGUUUCAAAUGUAAUAUGCUGCUAUCCCUCAUUAAUUGUAUGUUGGAAUUAGAGUGUUAUCGGUAUUUCAUUAAAUUAGAAUAGAAAAUUGUUCAAUUCAUUAGAACAUUUAUUUAAUAUGUUGGAAUAUUCAGAUAGUCUACUAGUCUAUGAGUAGAUAAUGCUUAUUUUAGUAAAAAUCUAUAAAUAGCCUUCAAAUUCAAACAAUCCAUAAUAAAAAGAUGUCUGCAAUCAACAACAGAUUGAAUAUCUUCCAAGAGCAAUCUAUUUUACGAGAAUCCUCCUUGAUCAUUAUAACAAUUUGUCCUUCACCAAGAUAGAUUUAUUGGAUUAUUUUAAUCAUGAUCCUAAUUAUCAAACCCUUAGUGAAGUCCCAAUUGAAUUUCCUAAAUUGGUAUUAGAGUAUAUGGAACCAACAUUGAUGAAUGAAUCAUAUCAAGAUUUGUGCAAGAACGGUAUACACAAGAAGGAAUUACAUCAACCCAUUUAAAUUAGAGUAGUUGUCAACAAUAUAAUUAGAAUUUUGAAAUAACUGAUGUCAAUUCCAUUACGGCCCUAGAAUUGUCCCAAACGCUUCUGAAUGCACAAGGUCAAAACUUUUGUCCUCUACUUGACGCCAUGAAAUAUCGGAUCCUUAUCUAUAGAGGAUAUUAAAAAAAUAAAAUCCCCGCAAUAUCAAUUGUAAUAGUUUUGCACAUACAAUCACUUCUCAUGUAUAUGUUACUGACGUAAUUUUGCCAAAUCAAUAAUUGUGGAGAACUAUUAGAUCAGAUUUUUGAGGAAUAAUUAGAAUAUGAAUAACACUUUAAAAUAUACAUGAAAUUGUUUUAAUUAAAAACAAUCAACCCUCAAUUAUUGUCCACUUUACUAUUGACAUUAGACGAAAUAAUAAAAAUUGAACGACAGAAUGAAAAUGAAGUAGCUUUUAGUAUAGCCAAAAAUUACGAUGAAACAUUCCUAUAAUUUAUUUAUGAUGCUUUGUCAAUGCACCCUCUCUAAAUUGAAACAGAAUAAAGUUAUCCAUUAUUAUAUUCUCCUACUCUUUUGAGUGAACCAUGUGCAAAACAUUAGAAAUUAGCAUAAAGUAUUUUCGAAAUAUUUUCAUCUGAACCAGGUGUACAAUUAUUAAGCAGAACUAAUAUAGCUCUUGGGUCAUCCUCUGCUCUUAUUAAAGCACUUUAUAUGCAAGAUAAUAAAUUAUUAUUGCCUCCUGAAUCCUUAAAAGCGGCAAUCCUACUAUUAAGCAGAUUAUCCAGAAAGGAGGAUAUCUAAAGAGAUUUACGAAUCUUUAAUGAUCUCCUUAAAAUUGUAGAAAAUUUGAUUAAAUGUAAUAUUGAUAUUUAAAAACCUACUUAAAAUGGAUAUUCCAAUAUCACUUCCGAAGAGGCAGAUUAAAUUAUUGCUGUCUGCAUUUAAUCAAUUAAUGAACAUUUUAGAGAUGAUCUUGGCAGAAGACUAAAUAGAGCUAAUGCUCCAUCUUUUGCUAGAUAAAUCUCUGAAUCAAUAAUCAUUAAAUAUCUAUAAAAGUUAUUUGAAAAUUCUCCUCAAUUCAUUUGCUCAAUCUAAUAGACCUUAAUUCUAAUCUCUCAUUUAGCUAAUGAAGUUCCAACUUUAAUUGGUAGGUUAAUUGAUUCAAAUUUACCAUAAACCUUAAAUGAAAUCAUAUCAAAAAUGAGUAUCGAUAUGAUCAAUUAUAAGAUUAUGACAGCUAUAUUCUAGUUUUACUUUAACAUUUCAUUAAAAGAAGAAGGCUACGAAAAGUUCAAUAAAUCUGGAAUGAAUUUCUUGGAAAAUAUAGUAAAUUAUUCAUUGAUUGAUAAUCUGAACAGUCCAAGAGAAUAAUUAUGCGGUUUAGCCUUGUGUAUAACUAAAUAUACACAAAAAAUCGAUAAGGUUGGACCUUAGGUAUGUGAAAUACUCAAUCAAUCAGUAAAGAGAUUAUGGAUGUGCUUAAACGAGAAGAAAUAAUAAUUAACAAUUUCUAAUAUUUAUACAUCAUAUUUUGAGAUUAUUACUCAAAUAUAAAACUUAUCUAUUUUAAGUUUUAAGAUGUUCCAUUACCCUCAUUAUACUUACUUGGCUGAAAUGAAUUCAAAAGGAUUUUUUGAUUCCUUAUUGAUGUUCUUUGAAUUUCCCACAUUUGAUUUUAAAAAUGACUUAUUGAAAGUAUUUCGGUGGUUAACUUCAGUUGAUGAAUAUGAGAACCCUCAUAAAAUAUUAAAAAAGACUUUGUUAGUUAUAGAUAAAUGGGAAAACUCAAUAAACCAGCCUACACAUACUGUUAAUGUUUUGUACUACAAUGCUCAAAAGUUAUUUUAAAGUUUUAGUUAGCAAUCAAUAUAGGAAAAUCUUUAAAUGGCAUCUAUGUAUUCUUAAAUAGAAUGCUUGAUAGAAAUUUUAAAGCUUUACUUAGUAAACUCGCCAUAAAUUAAUUGGGAAAGAACAGAUCUAAUUAAUUUACACAAGAAAUGCUGCGGUUUAUUCACAAUCAUUUUAGAUUCAGUCAUAUUAAGUGAUGAUGAUAAUUAAAAUGAUCAAGCAUUAAAAAAAUCUGUGUUCUAUUCGUAUAUUUAAAGUUUAAAGCAUGUGAUCGUUAAUUCUUUUAAUUUAAUUAAUAGAAAGAAUAGUGAAUUAAACACAUUAGUAGCUUUGCUUAAUUAGAUGUGUUAAGAGUUACAAAAUGAUAAUAUAUAGAUAGUGAUUCUGUAUAUAUCAUAAAUUGAUGAAUUAUUAAUCAAUCUUUUUGAAGGUAAAAGAGUGCCUGAAAAUAAAUAUUUAAAUUUAGAUUUUAUAAAUUUGCUAUCAAAAUCACCUUUUACUAAAUAUUUUCAAUUGGCAAUUCAUUAAUUUACAAAAAUGACACUUCAAAACAAAAAUGAUCAACUCAGUAUUUUGUCCAAACAUUUUUCCUCAAUCAUUAAGAUUUUGUAUAUAAAUAAAUUUGAAAAAUAAAAUACUGAUGUUGGAUAUUCAUUAUUACCAUAACAAAUUUCAGACAUAUAGGUUAUGCUUCAAAUAACUCAAUUUUCUAAUUCAGAUGAGAUUUCUAACAUAUAAUAGAUUCUAAUUGAAAAAGUAAUGAUGAUAUUAAGUCCUACUUUUUUGUAAGAUCUGAUCAUAAAAGAAAGAGAGAGGCUUAAUUUCUUUACAUUUUCCAGUUUACGAGAUGAUUUUGGCAACUUCAAUGUGAUAUAAUAAAAUGAAUCAGCCUAAGCAAGGGAUUAAUUAAGAGGCAUGGGAUUUUCAGAUGAUGCAAUUUCAUUGGCAUUUUAAAAUAUAAGAUUUCCUGAUGUAGGCAGGGCUGCUGUGUGGUUAUCGGAUAAUUAAGACAAGGUUGAAUACAAAAAAUUACAGUAGAAAGAAAACCAAAAGAAUGUAUUUUCUGAAUUAAUUCAACAUAAAUAAAAAGAACUCAAAAUUUAUAUCAAAACUAAUAUACUUUUCUUUAAUAAAUUUGAGGAAACCUUAUUCAAAGUAUUCGAUGGAUAAAUGAUGCCUUCUUUAUUGAUGUGUUUAAAGUAGGCAGUUUAAGAAUAAUUCAAAUUGUAAUUAAGAUUUAAAGAUUGUGUAUUAGAACUUAAGUAACCCUUAAAUAAUGAUAUAAAAUUGAUAAUCUCGAUUUUGCAUUAUAUAUAUAAAUAAUAAAAUUUAGUGUAGGAAUAUGAUUAUAUUGUGAUUGAGAUGAUGAAAUUAAUUUAGGAAUUAUUGAAAUAUGAGGAUGAAUAAAUAAUUAGAGCGAUUAAUCAUGUUUUAGCAAUCUUAACUCUCUUCAUAACAGAUGAUUAGAAGUCGAAAAAAUAUCAGAAUGACAUUUUGAAUGAAAUUUUGAUAGGAGUUCUUAAUAUUUUGAAAGGGAAAGUAUAAAAUCAUACAACAUCAAAAAUCUGCAUAGAAAUAUUAGUUAGAGCAUUCUAAGUUAAUAGAGAGAGUGUCCAUAAGUUCGUCUAUCAAAUGAGAGGACUAGAGUAUCUCUUAAAAGUAAAAGGGGAUUCAAAGAAUCAUCUUUAUAGUUUAACAAAACUUGUAUUAUCUGUUGUUCACGAUUCCAGUAUUGUUAUAGCUUAGGUUGAGGCAAAGCUUAAAAAAAUAAUCUAUGAUUAAGAAUACAAUAAAGAAAUUGAAAAUUCAAAUAAAUAAGUUUAAUAGCAAUAGUCUUUGCAUACUCCUUAACAUAAUAAUUAUCCUUCAUGUUUUAAGCCUAUUCAUUAUAACAUAUAAAUUCCUAAUGAAACCAAAUUAGCGAAGGAUAAUUUAGCAUUGAUUGCUAUAAAAAAUUAGCGUUUUUAUAGUGAAUAAAUCAAAUUCGUUUUAAAUUCACUAUUUGAAGAUUAGCCAAAUUACUAUGUUUUGAAAAAAGGUGUUCAUCUAUUCACUUUUGAUUGUCUUGAACCAAUGAGUUUUUAAAAAUAUAAGGAACCAGAGAGUGCAAAACGAAGUGCUAAGACUUCAACUAAAAAAAAGAAGAGUGAAGAUAAAAUGUAGUUAUAAUCUAAUUUUUAACAUACUCAAGAAGCCUAAAUUUUAAUAAAACUAUUAAUCUAAUAGAUGAUCAUAUCUUAUUUUGAUAAAACAGAGCCAUAUCAAUUUUAAUGGAAUAUAAUUUCCUAAGUUCUUUAGAUAUUAAUAAGAAGAUACCCAAUUCUAAUUCCGAAAUUGGUUCGAAUAAAUUGUAGCAAAUUUCUUAAACCUUAUCAUAAGUCAUUAGGGCCAGAUUAUAAUGAGACAGAAUUUCCUCGAAAACUCUCAUUUAUUUCAUUAAUCACCAAGAUCAUGACUCCCAUAAAAAACUUGCUUUUUGAAUUAUGCUUAGAUAACAUCAUUCUGACUUAAAUAUCUAAUAAUUCUACAGCUCCAUUUUCAAUUGAAAUUAGAAGGAAGAUACUUAAUGAUAUCUAUGAAGGAAUAGAAAAGAGAAUUAAAUCUUUAGAUUCAAAUUUUUGUCAUUUAUCAGACACAUUAGUAUUCUUAAUAUAAAUAAAAUCUGUGGCCAAAAUUUGUUUUAAAAAUGUAAAUGAACCAUAAAAUUCAUUUAAUUUUGUCAAACUCUAUAUAGAAGGGAUGAAGCACUUUGAUUUGAAGUCAUAUUAUAUAUACGAGAAUGAAUUACAAUUCUUGAAUGAAACACUGGCAGUUUUAUUCAACGUAGCUGCUUAUUUACUUCUAUUUAAGCCCUCUCUUAUUGUGAUACCAAAAUAACUUUAAGAGCAAUAAGGAGAUCAUUUCCAACUGUAAGGAAUGGUUGGAUAAUUACUACCAGAAGAUAUAAACUGUCAACUUAUCCCAAAUAAAGGCAUAAUCUAUUAGGAUCAUAUUAAAUAUUUCAUAAAAUGGCCUUUGUUACCUAUUUCAUUUCAUGAAGGAAUGAAUUAAACUACAAGACAAGAUGAGAUAAAUUUAUAACAUUUAUGGUCACCAUUUCGUAGACGAAAUAGAAUCCUUAAUAUGGAGGUUUUGGAGGAUAUUCAAGAUGAAGAUGAUGAGUUUGAGAUUGAACACGACGAUGAUGAAGACAAUUAUAUUUAAAGUGUUGAGAGCAGAUAUGAUUCAAGUAUAAUUGAAGAAUCCGCUGAGGAAGAAUUUGAUCAAGAAGUAAAUAGUUGGGUUACAAGUUAAAGUGGAAAUAAUCAAAUUGAAGCUGAAGAUCCUUAAAAUGUAAAUUCAAGUUGGACUGAUGAAGAUGACGAUUAAAUUGGAGAGGAUGGUCAAGAUGAUGAUGUUGAAGAUAGUGAUGAUUCCGAUGAUGAUAAUGCAUCAAAUAGUGAAAUAGGUGGAUUAAAUUAAGAGGAGAUUGAUUAAGAAAUUGUGGAACGCAAUGUCUAAGAUCUCAAUUAACAUAUGAAUCAACAGCAGAAUUUAGCAUAGAGUCACCGGGAUAAUUAAGGUUUAGAGUAAAAUAAGGGAACUGUUAAUCAUUAUCAUCAUCUUACCAACAAGGAAGAUUUGACUUUCAUGAAAAUGACUAAAUCCAUCAUUUAAUUGACAGGGGUUAAGUUUUCAAAAUAAUUCUAAAAAAUCUUGGAUAAAUUUAACUUUUUAUUACCUGAAAAGUUACAAGUUGGCGACUUAUAACUUAUAAAUUGGUGGACUGAAUUAACCUAAAAGUAGACAAUUCCUGAAGAAAGAGUGGUUCUUCAAUAAGACGUUAGAAUUUAGCCUUUAAAUAUAUUUAGGGAAAGGUUAGGAAUAGAUUUCCUAAGAAUUGAUUAAGAUGAUAGAAUCUUAUCUAGAGUAUAGCAGCAACUGCCAGCCAGACGAGCUCGCAAUAAUUUUUAAUAGAUAAUAAGAGACUUUCCAGAAAGGCAAUCACAAUUUGAUAUAAUAUUGGCAUAAUAAAGACAAUUUUAGGAAUAAUUCGGAUAAUAACUAGCUAAUUUAUAACAAUAAAAUGUAUAGACAAUUGAGUCAUAAAAUGAAAAUUAAUUUAGGGAACAUUAAUAAUAACAAUAGAAUCAAUAAUAAUAAUAAUAAUAAUAAUAAUAAUAAUAAUAAUAAUAAUAAUAAUAAUAAUAAUAAAUACAUAGUUAAAAUCAUCAAGAAGAUUUUGGCAUUCAACUUUAAGAACCUACAUAAGUAAAUUAAUCCAAUUAAAUAAAUGCAGAAAUUUAAAUUCAACAACAGUAAAAAAUAUGUGAAGAAAAUAAUUAAAAUAACAUAAUAGAUUAACUAGAGAAGGUUGAAUAACAUUCAUCUUAACAAUAAUAAUAAUAAUAAUAAUAACAACAAUAAUAACAAUAACAACAAUAAUAAUAAUAAAACAACACAAAUUAUUCAUAAAUUUACCCAAAAAGUUACAAUCUAUUGAAAAGGAUAAAUAAAACUUUUGAAGAUCUUAUAAAAAAUGAUAUUGAUCCCUCAGUAUUUGAAGAUCUUAAUGAAGAUAUGAUGAUGGAAAUUGCUUUAGCUCUUCCUCAUGAAAUCGAUGGAAUAGAUCCUUAGUUUUUGGCUUCUCUUCCUCUAGAAAUUAGAAAUGAAAUAAUUCAGUAAUAUUCAGCUCCUAGAAACUAGACUCCACAAUAAUAAAUUACAGAAGUAGAUUUAUCAUAAGAUUUAUUAAUAAAUAACAAUUCUGAGAGGAUGCAAUCGCAACAACCUCGAACUUAAUAAAUUAUUCCUCCACCAAAUAUUCAUCAAUAGAAUCCUAACAACUUGUAACAUAAAAUUAAUUCUCGACUAUUUUAAACUUAAAGACACAUCAUUUCAAAAUUAGGAACUGUAGAAGAGGAAUUUAUAGAAUCAUUAUUAAGUUUACUUUAUGUUGAAUCUCAUAGUUUCAUUAAUUUUCCUAUUAAUCUCUUUAUUUCUUUAUGCAAUAAUUAAAAUGUAGAGCAUAAAUUAAUAGAUACAUUGUUUUUAAUUUUAAAAACAAAUAAAUUGCACGAUUAAGAAAGGUUAUUCCCACCAUGUUAUUUGGUAAAAAGAAAUGGACUUGUUAGAGAUUUAAGCAAAAUAUAAAGUGUUGUUUCUUUAAAAGUGUUGUAUAUGUUUUCAAAAUUAAAAGGAUUUUCUGUCAAUUACUUUUUUGAAAACAAAAAAUAACAUUAAAGUUCAACUGGAGAUAUUUUAAGCUUUCCCUUAUUAGAAUUGAUACAACUUUUACCUGAAUUUAAAGGGAAUCAUCAAGAAAUGCUUAUUUAGGCUAUUACAAACAUAAGCAUAAAACAAAAGGAUUUUAAAUAGGACAAAGUAAAAUUAGACUAAAAAUCUGUUGACUGUAUUUGCAAAACACUAUUAUCAAAUAUGGGUGGGAUUGUUAAGAAUUUUUCUAACAUUAUUAUAAGUCUAUGCAGCAACCAAGAAAACCAAUUAUUAAUUGUUUAAUAUAUAAAGGAGUAUAUAGAGAAAACUAUUAGAGAGAUAAAUGAAUAAUUUAAAAUACAAUAAUAAUAUGAUGAAAUUUUUAAUGGAGAUAAGGCUCUCAUAAAUGUAUUUUAGUUUGUAAAGGAAAUUAAUGCAAAAGGAAAUGAAAGCAAUAAUCAAUAGGAUGUAAGAUUAGAUUUUUAAGAAUUAUUGGAAAAUAAAGAAUUGAUAGAAUUAUGGAAAAAUAUGAUAACAUUCCUGUAAUAAAUGCCCUAAUCAUAGAUUAUCAAAUUGACACCAAAAGUAUCUCCAUACUUGGAAUGCUUUUUUAUUAUAUAUCAAAUAGUGAAUCCAAUCAAAAAAAUUAGAUUGAAUCAAAAAGAGUCUAAAAAGAUAGCUAUGAUGGAAGAGUAAUGCGAGGAGAUAAAGGAGCAAGAAAUACAUGAUGAAUUAUUUUAAAAAAUUUGUGAAAGUGGAAAAGCAUUGUUAAAUAUAAUGCUAAAGGAAAGAUUUCAAGAAUAAAAAGAGAAGGGAAGAAUAACAAACGAUAAUUUAGGAAUUAUCAUAUAAAAGAAUCCAAGAAUUGUUGAUUUUGAGAAUAAGCAAAAAUACUUUAAAAUAGAAUUAAAAUAAUUGAAAUCACAGAAUAAUAAGCAUCAUUAUGGAAAUAUUGCUUUAAGAUGCAGAAGAAAAGAUAUCUUUAUGGAUUCCUAUCAUCGUUUUAGUAAAUUAAAACCAGAGGAAUUAAAAGGAAAAUUAAUUGUAGAGUUCGAUGGGGAAGAAGGUGUAGAUUAAGGAGGAGUUACAAGAGAAUGGUUUUUGCUGCUGUCUAAAGAGAUAUUUAAUCCUAAUUAUGCUUUAUUCACUCCAUCUUUAAAUGGAUAAAUGUUUUAACCUAGUAAUAAGUCUCAUGUUAAUCCUGAUCAUGUUAAGUACUUUAAAUUUAUUGGAAGAAUUGUAGGAAAAGCACUUUAUGAUGGGUAAUUAUUGGAUACCUAUUUUACUCGUUCCUUUUAUAAACAUAUUCUAGGUUAGAAGUUGACUAUACAUGAUAUGGAAGAUAUUGAUUUGAAUGAGUAUAAAUCUAUGAAGAAGAUUUUAGAGGAAAAUGUGAAUGAUUGGGGAAUCUAUUGGACAUAUUCAGUUGAUAAUUUUGGUAAAUGGGAAGAGAGAGAACUUGUUGAGGGCGGUAGAUAAAAAUAAGUGACUGAAGAUAAUAAAUUUGAGUAUGUUCAAACCUAUUGUUAUUAAAAAAUGGCAAAGGAGAUUAAAGAUUAAAUAGAAGCAUUUUUGAAUGGUUUUCAUGAAUUGAUUCCUCAGAAUUUGAUUAGCAUAUUUGAAUGGAAGGAAAUGGAACUUAUGUUGUGUGGUUUACCAGAUAUAGAUCGUACAUUAUAUAUUUAUUAUUUAAGUUGAGGAUAUGAAGGAAAAUGUAGAAUAUUAUGGAUAUGAUAGAGAGGAUAAAAUUAUAGAAUGGCUUUGGGAAUUGCUGGAGAGUUUUGAUUAAAGCAAGAGAGCAGCCUUCUUAUAAUUUAUAACAGGUAUUUUAUUUUUACUAUUUAAAGGAACUUCCAAAGUGCCUCUUGGAGGAUUUAAGGAUUUAAAAGGUAUAAAUGGUUCAUAAAAGAUAUAAAUUCAUAAAAAACAUUAUAAAAAUUUUGAAUUGCCAACAUCCCAUACAUGGUAAAUGCUGAUAUCUUAUAUAGUUUUAAUUAAUUGGAUUUACCGUGUUAUCCAACCAGACAAAUUUUAAAGGAUAAGUUAGAACUAGCAAUCUUAGAAGGAAAAGAAGGUUUUGGCUUUGCUUGA